AUGAAGAAGUAUUCCUUCAAGGGGUUGCUCCUUAGAAGGAAAAAAGAGCAUGCUAUUAACCUAUGUGAAGGAAAAGAACCUGUGAAUGUUAGACCCUAUCGAUACCCUUAUUGCCACAAGGCAGAGAUUGAAAAGCAAGUAAAGGAGAUGUUGAAUUCUGUUUCACAUAAGGGAGUAGCCAUGGAUUCCGCAAAAUUCAAAGUGUUAUCCAAUGGCCUAUAUCUACAAAUGUUAAAGGAGUUUGAAGUUUUUGGUGUGACUGGUUAUUAUUGCCAGUUUAUUCAAAACUAUAGCAAGAUAGCAAGGCCUUUAACUAAGCUCACCAAGAAAGACGGUUUCCCUUGGAAUCCCAAUGCCCAGGUUGCUUUUGAAUUAUUAAAACAGAAAUUAACAACAGAGUCAGUAUUAGCUCUUCCAGAUUUCUCUCAACCUUUUAGCAUUGAGUGUGACGCAUCAGGCUAA